GCUCGCCCAAUGCCCACUCCAUCCGAAGAAGAUACUCAUGGCGCCGCGAAUCCACCUCCUCUACCUCCUCACGCCCCCCGCCCUCCUCUACCUCCUCACGCCCCCCGCCCUCCUCACCUACACCACCCAUCGCACCCUCACCCAGCUCGAACGCAAAUACCCAGCCAUCCCCCCCGCGCAAGGCAGCACCCCGGCCCUCACCACCCCAACCCACCCGUCGACCCAACGCUGCGCCGAGAUCGACAUCUACCAGGCCCGCGUACCGGUCCGCGCACUGCUGCGCGCCGAGGCGGCCAUCACCGGCACUGCCACAAACAACAUCACCGAGAAUCCCGCAACCGACCAGACCACAUCUCCAAAAGUCUCGCCGGCAACCCUCCAAACAGCAUGGGCCCACCUCUUCCUCACCAGCCCGAUCCUCCAGACCGAAGCGAAACUCAUCGGCCUCUUCACGCAGGGGGGGUUCCACCCGGGGGAUGUAGGGCUUUCGGCGGGGGGGUUUGCGCUGGUGGCGGCGGACACUGUCACCGAGACCGAUCAUCCCGAAAGGCACGGCCAAGGCCAAGGCCAAAGCCAAAGCCAAGCUCCACCCCCGCAGAAACGCAAACUCAUCAACGGGGGCUUCACCGUCGAGCGGACCCCGGAAAACCCCGGGGGUUUGCUGGCCAGUUGGCGGAUUCCGGACGAGGCGCGGAGGGUUUUUGAGUGGGCCGCGCAAUGGGGGUAUCCGUGUCGGUUGAUGAGUGGGGGACGGCAUGAGUGGGGGGUGUCGGAGGUGUACUUCUCGGAGUCCGAGAAGGAGUGGGUGGUGGAUGUGCGGUUCGGGUCGGCGCAUGACUAUGAGAUUGUUGCGGCGGAGGGCGACAGACAGAAGGUCGUGCCGCGGUGGGUGGGCCGGUUGCAUCGGGGGUAUGCGAGGGUGUUGGUGGAGGAUGCGGUGCGGCGGUUGGCGCGGUACGAUUAGCGGGUGUGG